CAGCAAAAGCAGGAGAUAACAAAAUUCUGCGGUGUGAACAGCCAAAAUUCAUGCGACAGCGGUAGAACCUGUGCCAAUAAACGACAUCAAGUGAUGGCGGCUCACGCCGAACUCAAGGAGUUGAACAUCUUUGAGCUGCGUCCACUUGUUAAAAAUCUCAGCUGUAAGCUCUCUGCUGUGACAUCCUACGAUGCGCAAAGGCAAAUGCUCUGUUUGGUCAGCGAGGAGGAUGAAAUUGUGCUGCGUUACAUCAGCGCCAGUGGCCAGGAGGUGCUCAAGAUGGUCUCCUGGUUCAAGCGCACUAGUCGCGUUAUCCAUGAUAUCUGUUUCGAUCCCGCUGGCGUUUGGCUCUUGGUGCUCUGUUUUGACAAUACUCUGCACAUUGUGCCGGCAUUGGCCAUGGUGGAUGAAACACACGAUCUGGCGGCAUGUGCUCUAUACAGCAGUACACAGGUGACUUCUUACAUUAUACCGUUUGUUGGUCCACACGAGUGUCCCAACUCGCAAAAGUGUCCUAAUCACUCGAUGCCAUUGGAAGAGCAGCUGGAGCAGAAGAGAGCGGAAGAGUUUGCGGCCACAGAUAAUUUGGCCAAUGAGUUUCAGCGCUUAAACCUGGACGUGCCAGCUCCAAAUGCAGAAAAUGAUGCCGAGCCAUUGAUUCAUGAAUUGCCUGCACAUAUGCUGGUUGCCAACCUUCAAGUGCAGCAGCAGCCACAGCAGCCUUCAUCCAGCACCAUCCAACAUCAAGCUCCGCCGUUCGAUGCCACUGGCAAUAGUCAAGUGGUAGCUAACUCAUUUAUGGUCUCGAAAACCUGCCCCUAUCCACUCUCUGUGGUCUGGUGGAAGACCUACUAUGGUCUGAAUCGCGCCAUUAUUGGCUAUUCUGAUGGCUCCAUUUGCUUUGUGGGCUUAAGUCCGAACUGUCCGAUGAUAGCAAGCACUUCCAUUGAGGAUGGCUCAGUUGUGCGUCUGCUGAUCUGCAAGGACAACACAUUCGAUGGCGUCAUGUUGCUGAUCACAUCCUCGCUGAAGCAACAGUACAAGCUGUUACUGGAGCAAAAGGCGAUCAUGUAUGUCUAUCCAGGCGAUAACUCACCAACAUCUGUGGUGAAUGGGCGAGACGGUGCAUGGCAGAUUGUGAUGUCGUUGCAUGGCAAGCAACAACAAAAUAUUGAGGGCAUUGCCGGUGCACGCCAAAGUAAUAGCUCCGAUCCAGCUUCUGAUAGCAGUCAGUUAGAGGAGGAUGUCUUUGCACCGCCCAAUGAGGCACCCAGUACGCAUACAGUUGCUGCAGCAACGACAGCGUCGGCUGACCCCAGCGAGGACGUUAGCGAUGUAAACUCGUCCACCCCAUCACCACCCGCACCACCGCCUUACAGUGCAGCCAUUUCUCGACCAUCGAGCGAAUGCGGCGCGCCUGGAGUAAACACUGGAAUUCGCUUUCAGCAACAGCAAUUGCCGCCCAAUAGCUUCGAUGGAAUUCUGCCAGCCACCCGCGCACGUCUUGCCUCGCUCAAGAGUCUCGGAUCGAAAAAACUGCAGGCCAUCAAGAUCCGUCUAUCGGACCAUAGGCAAAAGUUCGAUGAAUAUAUGCCCGAUGCCAAAUCGGGUUCCUUUGCAAUCAUGGAUUCACCGUCAGUAACACCGGAACGCUUGGGCAGUGCUAGUGGCUCUUUUUACACCAUACAAAACUUGCGGAGCACGUAUUUGCUGAGUGCACUGCAUAGUAAUUCCUAUAGCCUGACCGUACACAGCAUAGAUAUCCAUCUGAAGCCGCUUUUUCUAUACAAAAUACCGAAACAUUGUCUGGACAUACUCAUCAGCUCCAAUAUACUCUAUGCUAUACAAUAUGUGGAGCUGAAUAGCAGCGAUUCCGCCAUCUCUUCGCUAGAGGAGCCCCUAGUAAACACGGAGAAGGAAAGUCGCGAUGCGGAUACUGAAAAGCUGGAGCAACUGGAGACGGAUGCACCGCCAGUAAGUGCUAGCAAAAGCGAUACAACCAGCGCCACAACCACAACAACAACAACAACUUCGAGUAUGGAUCAAAGUGAGCUUCCCACUAAUGCUAUAAAUGCUGUUAGUGUUAUUAGCAGUGCAAUGGCCUCCCUGCAUACCGGCGAUAAUGAUCGUUUUAAUAAUGUGGCACAACUGGCACUCUUUCGCUUCGAGCAUGAAACUGUGUUAAAUCUCUAUCAGAUGGCGCAGUAUCGCAACGGCAAUGGUAAUGGCAGCACUACCAGCACGGGCCAACCUGAAACGCUCACCAAAGAAGAAAAGGCCAAAGCUUUUGAGAUUAAAGACAUCCACACGCCGAUGGAUUACGUAUUAUUCUAUGGGACGGCCAAUGUGUCCAGCGAGUAUACUUUGCGUCAACUGGAGAUUAUGCAAUCAGAGUUCCCCAAGAUCAACUAUGAUCCAUGCUAUGUGAUUACCAACAAAAAUGUAUACUUUAUACAACUGAAAAAAGAGCCGUUUGAGUUAUUUUUGGAUGCUGCACUGGCAGGCGAAUGGACCCAAUGUCGAGAUUUUUGCAACACAUUCGACUUAUCGUUCGAGCUGUGCAUUGAGUUUGCAGGAGAUUAUUUGCUGCGUCGCAAAAAGAUUACACAGGCACUGCUCACUUACAAUGUAGCCAGAGUGAAGCCUAUAAGGACCGCACUCAAGCUGGCCAUGUAUGGACACACGUAUGCGCUAAUGCAGUUGUCGGCCAUGGCUCUAAAAUCCACGUACGUGCUACGCUCACGCCACUUGUGUCAUCCACUGCUUAAAGGCAUGCUGUCAGACAUCACGUAUCGGCAUUCAGAAGAUGUACGCUCUAUUUUGCCUCAUAAUGUGAUCCAAGAUCAUGUGAAUACUGGGCUUUCGUGUAGUGAUUAUUGUUAUGGUGUAGAUGAGUCCAUCAGUGCCCUGCAAAUGUCGCCAUCGUCACAGUUUCAUUUGGCCAAUCUUCUGCUCAUCACACUGGCCGAAAAAGCUGUCAACGAUAAAAACUAUUUACCUUUGUGGAACUUUCUGGUAACGAAUAGCAAAUAUCAUACCAAUAUGACGAGCAUUGUGCUUUGUCAGAGUGGUCUCUUUUCCGCUGCCCUGAUCUUGGCAAAAGUGCGCGGGGUCUGUUUGGAUACUUUUAAUGCUUUGAUUAGCGUUGUGGCGCAGGAGUUUGGAUGGUAUAAUGAGCUGAACGUCUGCCUUUACAAUCUCAGUGAGGACAUUUUCGUCGAAGCUAUCACGUACUUGCCACAUGUGUCUAUGGAUUACUUUGCCUUCAUACAGGAGAAGCUGGAAAAUGUUCGGCCGUGUGUCCUGCAGCGUCUCUCGGAGCAACUAAACCCCUUCAGGGCCGCACUGCGUCCCAUUAUCUCGCAUACCUCAAAUAGCGGCCUACAACGAUCUUCUGAUGGCGGCAACUCAAACGACAAUAACACCUAUCUAUUUGAAUUCUGUAAAAGCCUUAUUGAAACGUAUUUGGCCGUGCUUAUACACAUGGAAUCUCAGCGUGUCAAGCACGACUCUAUUGUGAAUGCUCUAUCAAAUUUUCGCAUCAGCUAUGAAGACAAUCAGUUUGCUAUCGAAUCAUCCCGCUUUAAACCGAUCUCUGCUGGCUGCGCCUAUUGCGCCUGCGUUGUGGAUGGCGUAGCCUAUUUUUGGGGCUCCAAUGGUGUCCCAUUCUGUUUCAGUGCUCAGAAGGCGUGUGAGCCCCCUGAACCGGCGCAUGCUGUCAAGGCUUUGGAACUAUUGUCCCAGCUCAAUUUAGAGGUUCAUGCUGUAAAGUGCGGCCGUCAGCAUAUCCUUAUAUUAACCAACAAUGGCCUUUAUGCUAUGGGCAACAAUAACCUCUGUCAAUUGGGAAUUGGACGUCAUAUGCAAAUGGCUUUGCAGCCAAUGCUGGUGCAGGGCUUGGACGGCAUGAAUAUAACCUUGCUUGAAGCGGGGCAAUAUCAUAAUGCAGCAGUGGCUGAUGGCAAGCUCUACAUGUGGGGUUGGGGCAUUUAUGGCCAAUUAGGAAAUGCCAGCUGUGAAAAUAUCGUAACACCGACACUAGUCAGUUUUUUCAAGUUUAAGAAAAUCUUACAAGUUUCUCUUGGUCACGCGCACAGCUUGGUGCUGUGUGAGGCGUCCAGCAACUACAUAGAGGCUAACGCUAACAACGAGCUGUAUGUCUUUGGCUCCAAUCAUUUUGGGCAGCUAGGCAUUGGGAAUGGCGAAGUCGCGGAAAAGGAUGCUAAUCAAAUUAAAUCAAACCUCCCAAUACGUCUGGAUGUGAGCAGCUACAGUUUAAGACUGAUACACACCAAAUUUUUUACUAAUUUAGUGGUAGAUGAAAACGAGCGCAUGUACACGUGGGGCAGCUCACCGCAGGCGUUGCGUCUGGCCAAUCAAAUCAAGCGGCGCGCCAAUGCCAAACAAAAAAUGGAGGAACAUCAACAACGAGAGAUGCUAAGCAAGCGUUUGGACGCCACGUUGACGACGCCGAGUAAUUUGUUGGUGGAACCAACCACGUCAUACGCAGCUGUAGUGGCUGGUGCAACGCCUAAACCCAGUACUACAAGUGAUGAGGCAAACCCUAAACAAAAACUUGGCGAAGAUAAAAAGACCGCCAGGAAUGUGGCAGCUGUUGGAGCUGCCGAGGCUUUGCCUAGCGAUGGCACCGAGGACAUUAAUAUGGCAUGCAGGCGAGACUCAGAGCUGCUGACAACAAAAACAACAGGAACGAAUGAAGGGUCGACUGAAAAUCCAGCAUCACAAAAUGCCCAGCCACCCACCGGGGAAGCUGAUCCAACUGAGCAUCUGACACCGCAUUUAGUGGACACCACCGAAGUAGCAGGAAAUAUUUUACAGAUUACUAGUGGCCUCUUCCACUUUGCGCUUAUCUCGUCCAGCUCCACGUUGUACACUUGGGGAAAAAAUCUUGAGCAUCAACUGGGUACAGAAGAUAAAGACAGACGUGGUGUACUUAGACCGUCGCCCAUUGACAGCAUCGAGCAGCCCAUGUACGUGGAUUGUGGUGCCGAUUUUACAAUUGUGAUGACUACCGACUAUGUGGUGAAGGCAUUCGGUGGCAAUUCCAAUGGGCAAUGUGGACGAGAUCUGGGACCGUCUUUGGAUCGCAUGAAGCAGCGUGUGGUGUGUUUACCAACCACCAAACGUCUAAUGCGCUUCGAAAGUCAGUGUGUGGAUGUCCCGGUAGAGAUUAAUUUGCCCCGGCCACGUAUUCGUCUGGACUCGGAACCAGUGCGUUAUCUAAAGGUGAUGCCGCCCUAUCAACCCCACUUUUUGCAGCCGGCAAACAUUAAUUUUGAGCAGGGUGGCUUUAAUCGCGGCUCACUGGCUACACCCAAUUACAAGUCUAGCACAGAGAAUGCAGUGACGGGUCAGGAUUCGGACGAUAUGAUCAGCAGCUUGGAGAAUUUGAGCCAAAAUGAUGCCUCCUCGCUAAAUUAUUCAUAUAAUGCGCCGCCAGUAGGCGAUGCUUUCAGCUCGAUGGACUAUACACCCGAAGAGCAAAGCUAUGCGCCAUUGCCAGAUCAACAGGCGGCUAAUUUGGUUGCCCAGCGAGCAAUUAUGAUUGAAGGCGACGAGGAUGCGGAUGGCAGCACUUUUACGCCCAGUUCAGUGGCUGGAGAUGAUGCGGCGCUAGAGCCACUGCGUCAUUAUAUACACUACUGCCUGUACGCCUUUCACGGCCUCUACAAUCCCGAAAAAAUUUCGGAAUAUUCGCGACCUACGCGUCAGGAGUUUCGCAUACGCACGUUAAUGCUGAACUUCAAAUUUGUGGAGGCGUUUCGGCUGUGUCUACAGGACUGCGAUAGCGCACAACGCACGCUCAAAUUGUUCGAGUACUUCAGCAAGGACACGGGCUAUGUGCCGUUGCGACGACCCGAUCUCAAGUAUCUCAUUUAUCACAUGUGUUUGCACUUUUUGGCACGCAAAUUCGACAUGCUUGACUGUGAACGCUAUUUCAUGGGCGAUCUAGACUACUAUAUGAUGGAACUGGCCUAUGUUUUCUACUUCAACAACAACAACUCAGCGUUGGAGCAGAAUCUUAAUCAGAAAUUUAAGAUGAUGAUAGCGCAGGAACAGCAACAGACAGUGGGUCUGGCAGAUAGCAAUCAGUCAACUACUCCUUCAACGUCCAAUGUCGUGCUGCAGGAUACGGACACUAUAUUCGAUAGCUUUAGUGUAAAGUUUAAAACGAUUUUGUGUCAGCGUUUGCUCAGCUAUUGCGAUGCCAGCAAUUAGCAUUGGCUUGACCAACCGUGCAAACGGUUUUGGGUUUUGCUUUGAAAUCUGUUUUGUUUUUAAUUUUGGUUUGCUUUAGAGAAGAUGGGCGGGCCCGCAGAGAUUCCGCUCUAAGUUAAAAGUUGAGUUUUUUGUGUUAUAUUUUUAAAAGUUAGUUUUCUAAGUUGAUUGUUGUGCGUUCGCGCCAGUUAUAAGCUUCUUCAACAAACAAAAAAAGAACUCCCAGUCAGCCUCUCGGCCACCCACACAUCUACAUAUACAUACACAUAUUAUCCACAUGUUUACUUUUAAUUAUUAUAAUUGUUGUUUGCAGCUGAUGUGCAUAAUUAUAAAGCUUUUUAUAGCGCUGUUAUUACAAAAAAAAAGAAACAUAAAUAUUUACGAAGACAAACAAA